AAGGACGCCCUAUUAGAGGAUAAGGAUGCUUCGCUGGAGAAUAAAGAUGUUUCGCUAGAGGAUAAGGAUGCUUUGCCAGAGGAUAAGGAUGCCUCGCCAGAGGAUAAAUAUGUCACAUUAGAGGAUAAGGAUAUUUUGCUAGAGGCUAGGAAUGCCUCGCUAAGUUCCCCGAUUCGCGCCACUUCGUUAAAUUCCACUCCAAUUCGUAUAUAUUCGAACGAAAAUACCGACAUUGAAGAUAGCUCGAGUUCAUCCUCGACGAAAGAAACAGUUGAGGAAGCCGGUGAGGAAACCGGCUUCAAAAUUGUCGACGAUAAAGACAGCAACCUCGUCGACAGCGUCGUUGAAGAUUGGACGCAGCCGACUGAAAACGUUGACUCUAUUGAUGCUGUUGCUCCCGUCAAAACGAAUCUUUAUGACGCGUCGGGAUAUAUAGAAAGGACGAUCGAUGACGGACCGGAGGACGAAGGUGACGACUCGGUAUUUGAAGGCUAUCCGAGCGAAAAUGAAACGAUCAAGAAGGAGCCACCAGGUUGCGAGAGUAUCGAUAAAGAAGAACAUCUAGAAGAGUUAGUGAACCGAUUGGAAAACGUAACGAGACGACUUGAAAACGUACACUUUGUAGUUCAGACACAAGACACCGCUGUACAAACGAGCACACCUUCCCCGAAGAGGUCUACGUCGUCAGGAAGUAGUUUAUCUCUAUCGUCGAAGCAGGAAACUGUUCCGAAUCCAUCUACAAACAUGUCGGUCGCCGGAUAUGAAGACUUUUUAACUGGGCCAGUUAAAGAAUAUCUACAAUUAAGUAAAAAAAUCGGCGGCGAUGUAGAUGUUCAUAGCAAGCUCGUGGAAAAGGCUUUUCAAAUUCAGCUUCAGUUUAUACACAUGGCAGCGAGCCGUCCCGCACCGACGAAUCAAUCCGAACAAGUAUCUUUAUUUGCGCCCAUGUCUGCACAAAUACAACAGAUUCAAGAAUUUCGCGAGAAGAAUCGUGGUUCUCCCUUCUUUAAUCACUUAUCAGCAAUUAGUGAAAGUAUCCCAGCUUUGGGAUGGGUCGCUGUGUCUCCUACGCCAGCUCCUUAUGUGAAGGAAAUGAAUGACGCAGGUCAAUUUUACACCAAUCGUGUAUUAAAAGAUUGGAAAGAAAAAGACAAAAUACACAUAGACUGGUGUAAAGCAUGGGUGCAAACAUUGACCGACUUGCAACAGUACGUUCGUCAACAUCAUACGACGGGUUUAGUAUGGGGAAAAACUGGCGCACCUGCGGGCGUAUGCAUACCACCCCCUCCGCCACCCUCGAUGCCAAUCGGAGAUAUUGCACCGACGGUGAAUGACGACAGAAGCGCUCUUUUCGCUCAGAUUAAUCAAGGAGAAGAUAUCACGAAAAGUUUGAAAAGAGUCACCUCCGAUAUGCAAACACAUAAAAAUCCUGCUUUGAGAUCCGGUCCGGCACCAUUUAAAACGCCGACAAUUAAUGCGAUACCGAUGAAAACGGUGUUGCCAGCAAGUGCACCUAUUGACAAGCCACCUGUAUUUACUAGAGAUGGCAAAAAAUGGCUUGUGGAAUAUCAUAAGGGUGAGAAUUUAGUAAUUGAUAACGUAGAGAUGAAUAAUGUGGUUUAUAUGUUUCGAUGCCAAGAUAGCACACUUACUGUCAAAGGCAAAAUGAAUUCUGUUGUUAUGGAUUCUUGUCGUAAAUCGUCCGUUGUAUUCGAUUCCCUGGUGUCCAGUAUCGAAUUUGUUAAUUGUCAAAGCGUACAAAUGCAGGUGCUCGGAAAGGUACCUACAAUUUCUAUUGAUAAAACGGACGGUUGUCAAAUGUAUUUAAGUACGGAUUCUCUGGGUGUUGAACUCAUCACCAGUAAAUCUAGUGAAAUGAAUGUCAUGGUGCCCAAAGCCAAUGGAGAUUAUAGCGAAUAUCCAGUACCGGAGCAAUUUAAGACUACUAUUAGCAAGAACGGUCUUAAUACCAUGGCUGUUGAUUCCCUUGGUUAAAAGCGAGGUAUUUAUUUAUAUGCAUAGCCUAUGCAUCUUCUUAACAAUAUAA